AAAGCCGGGGACCACCCUCGGAGGCACUCUUCGGAACGGGCUCGCCGUCCCCGCUGCCGACUCUUCCCCUCCAUGCGGCUAGGAACUGUACAGUAGCCCCAAAAGCAACCCCCACACAAAAAGCCAUGGGGUCUCCAGGCAGCGUGGGGAAGGAGGGACCCCUUCUGCUCACAGUGCUGGUAUCAACAAUGGUGCUAUCUCCAUCCUUGGCUAUUAACGUUUACACGGCCAGUGAAGUCCACGGCACAGUGGGCUCCAAGGUGACCCUUUCCUGUACCUUUUGGUCGAACGAAUGGAUCUCCGAUGACAUUUCUGUCACCUGGCACUUUCAGCCCGAGAGUAGCCGAGACGCCAUUUCGAUAUUUCACUAUGCUAAAGGCCAGGCUUACAUAGACAACGUUGGUGUCUUCAAGGAUCGAAUCGAAUUCAUCGGGAACCCUCGUUGGAAAGACGGCUCCAUCAUCGUCCACGACCUGGAAUACACCGAUAACGGCACUUUUACCUGCGAUGUUAAGAAUCCCCCUGACAUUGUGGGAAAGUCGUCCCAAGUUAUGCUCUAUGUCUUUGAAAAUGUCCCUACUCGGUAUGGCGUGGUGUUGGGGGCCGUCAUUGGGGGAGUCCUCCUUGUGGUCCUGGUUGUCUUGGUGAUAGCUUAUCUCAUCCGGUAUUGCUGGCUCAGGAGGCAAGCCACGCUGCAGCGGAGACUCAGCGCCAUGGAGAAAGGCAAGCUGAGGCUGGGCAAAGAUUCUUCGAAAAGAGGCCGUCAGCCUCCCGUCCUGUACGCCAUGCUGGAUCACAGCCGCUUCACCAAGUCGGUGAGUGAGAAGAAAUCCAAGGGAGGCCUGGGGGAGUCCCGCAAAGAUAAGAAAUAGCGGUUAGCCAGCAGAGAAGGUACCCAGAAGAAAGCGGGCGAUAAGAAGGUCAUCAUGACCAUCGAGAUGGAACUGAAGAGGGACCAGCUCGAGGCGGAGGGCCUCAAGCCCGCUGUCAAGUCUCCCAGCAAGAACAGUCUCAAAAACGCGCUCAAGAGCAUCAUCAAAAGUGAUUCGGAAAAGUAAUCUGAAGCGUGUGGCGGGGGGAAUGAUCCUAGCCUCUCUCUGGGGGCCCGGGAUGCGUUCCCCUCCGCCAGCCCUCUUGGCUUCGUACUACGCACACUCUUUCCUUAGCCCGACUGGUGGAGGGCUGAUGGGAAUUUUGGCGUCCGGAAAUCGGCUCAGUCUCUGGCCCUCUUUGACGGAAAUUUUAGCAAAACAUUUGGUGCGUCCAUGGAAGAACAAGGAGAGCUGAGGUUGGGUGAUCACCGCUUACUAUUCAACCGAUGUCCUUUCUCCAGGUUAGGAGUAUUUUCCUCCAUUGAGUCCAGAAACGGACCACUUAAAAGUCUGGGGACACCAUGAUAUCCCAGUUUUGGUAGAGUGAACCCCACAGCCUCGUGUCCCCACUCUCCAGAGCUCUUCCUGUGAGGGAGUGAGAAGUCCCCAAGUAACCCCCCCCCCCAUGGCCACAGCCUCUGUGUGAAAGCUGGACUUCCAGUCCACGCAAACACAAAACAGACAGGUUGUUUUACCUCUCCCUUUCCCCAUGGAGCAUCGAUUUUCCAUUUCAGAAGGACCUUCUUCAACCUGAGACACCAGGGUCCCAAAUUCCCAUCAGCCACUAGGCCUGGUACAAGACCAUGAGGACUAGCUAACCUAGUGUCCCAUCCCCAAAGUAUCUCCCUCAAAAACCCCAGUGUCUUCAGCAUUGGCACAAAAGAGACACACCCCAAGAAAAAGUGGUACCUUCUACUGCUCAGACAUCUGUGAGAUAACCCUCUUCUGCUCGGUGAGCCGAGCACAGGUGUAAUUUUUCUUUUUCUUUUUAAUCCAAGGACCAAAUAUAUGUAUGCAUGUCUUUGAGAUUCAGAAGGAUGGUUUAAUUCAGAGAUCAUGGCGUUCCACCGUCGAUUGCUUACUUCUCUUAGGAACUCAGUCCUGAUUUAUGGGUACUCUAAGCUCAGUGGGGGAACAAAAGGGAUAUGGGUGAAAAUGGAUGUUUUUUGUUGUUUCGAUUUGUUUUUUGAAAUGGCUAUCCUGUUUUGCCAGUACUUCGUCCUUGCCUGCUUUCACACUUGGGCAAACUCUUCUUGUCCCAUUCCUGGGGAAAAUACUGUACCAUUUAUUCAGCACAGAAUUUCCUUUAGGCAAAUUUGGAUGUCCCAAACCGGGUGAAACAUCUGAGGAAUUUUGCAGGCAGUAAGAAAACUGUCGCGGGCUGCCCACAAAAUUUCUUAGGGAGGGGUGUCACCCAUCUCCAGGCCAGCCCCAAAUUUUGCCAAAAUCGAAAUCCUGGGCCAGCUGUGAAGGAAACUGGGCAAAAAGCAUCGGAGGAAUUCUGGAGGAAAGCUUUCAAAACCUUGAUCAGAAGAUAUCCACUGGCGGGUGCCUACACAUCUGUUCCAAAAUCACACAAACGUCUCAGUAUCGCCCUCUAACCACACCUUGGAUUCCGUCGAGGUGAAUUAAGCCAUCCUUGCAGAAAGCCCUUCCAAAAGUGUUAUUAGUACUUGAUUAACUAUUGAUCUAUUUCUGGCUAGCGUGUCUUUCUCUCUUCCCUGUGACCGAUCUCCACAUGACGUCACAAGGCUAACAGCCCUUAUUUUGCCUUCCCAUUUCUCUCGACCCACACGUCUGGUGGCCUGCCCUCUUCCCUUCCCAGAUUAAUUCCUCCAUGACAACAAUUCUGUCAGCCUGACAGCCUCCAAGUACAAAUUUUCCGGAGGGUGACCGGUCCACGAGUCCAACAGAAAGCACCGUACUACUGAGGGUUUUAUCCCAUCUUUCACCUCAAUUUGGACACAGUCCUGUACUUUCCGCUGUACACUUCCACUCUUCCCAUGAGCUUACAGAAACUCCCUUCCCGCUACUGGGUGGGGAAGCUCACCGCAUCAACACACGACGCUACAGAAAUGUACAUAGCAAGCCAUGCACGCUCCCUUUCCGUGUAGCCUGUAACGUCUGCAAAAACUCCUAGAAGACUAAACAGAAUUUUUUAAAAUGUUAUGUAUGGUGAUAUAUUUCCUUUUUCUUCGCAGGGUUGGUGGGAGGGGGCUUUCUCAGCGUUGUGUACAUUCUCAAAAACUGCAGCAGCAACCAAAAAUGACACCAUUAAAAAAAUCUUAA